GACGCCACGGGCGCGCGAGUCACAUUAUCACACUCGGCGAUGAGGCUUAGCCGCACAACGACACCUCACUCAAUCUCCAAUCUCACAGUCCGGCGCAAAACUCCACGCUGACUUAUCCGGUCUCGUUUCAAUUCAAACACAACUUUUUGCUCUGGUGCUCAUGUCUUACUACCGGCGGUGGGCCGAAUAGGCUGAACUCGUCGAGGCUAUGGCUGCUUCAGAGUACAAAACUAUCAAGGUGGAACAGCAGGCUUCAGUCGUCCCUGUGUGGCCAUCAAUUGAGAAAGAUGACGACGUCAAAUCGCCCCAGUCAGACCUUGGGGGCCCCAAGGGUGAGUCUCCCAGGAGCGCACUCACCGAAAGUGUCAGUCCUACAAGAAGUGACGACACAGAACCCAUUACCGGCUUGCCGCACGCCGUGACGUUGACGGCGCCGGCCAAGUUUCGUGGCCAGCACCCGCCCGGACUCUGGGAAACCCUCAAGCAGGAGAUCAGGCAUCUGUACAUUGAUGAAGAAUUACCCCUCAAGGAAGUCCGAGAGAUGAUGAUGAAAAAGGGCUUUGUCGCAACCGAAAAGAUGUACAAGGACAAAUUUGCAAAAUGGGGUUUCAAUAAGAAUAACCGCAAGAAAGACGUGGCAAAAAUUGUCAGUCAUCAAAAACAGCGUAAAGUAGCUGGCAAAUCGACUGUUUAUUACCGCAAUGGUAAGGUCGUCAAUAUUGAAUCAUACAUCAAAAGAGCGAAGCUAUCGCCGGAAGACCUCAUAGAGGCCGCCGAGGAAGAGACACUACCAAGCUAUGUCAGGUCUCGGACGCCACCGCCAGAUUCAAACCCCAAACCGGAAUACUUUCAGCCGAUGGGGUACUACAAUGUGCGGGACCUAUUAUUUAAAUGCUUCCGACAUUUGGGCGCCAGAGCCGACACGGUCCUUGACCAAGAUACCGCAGUAUCAGCCUUCGCGGACUAUCCAAGGACGGAUUUCUACCGCACGGUUCGAAACCUAAGAGAUGCGGCCUGGCUGUUCGAGGAGAACCGAACACGGGAAGGCGGCGUGCUCAUGCGUCGAGCCUUUGACCACCUCCAUGUACUGGUUGAAGAUCCAAGCCCAUGGGCUCUCUGCGAUUUGCUUAUGUAUCAAAUGGCUGUGACCCAGUACGGGCACCAGACCCUCAUCUGGCAGUUCUUGUCUGAGUACUCGUCCACCGGAAAGGGGCCCUUGGAUUGGCUGCGCAGCGUCUUUCAAGCACUACAUGACUUUUUCCAGAGCUACCCACUCGAGACAUGCCUGGACUUUCUUGCCGAACAGGUUGGGGUCAUUUAUCCGUUGAUGAUGGUUAAAGAUACGCCGAGGAACGCAAAGUCAUUCCUCCAAGGUGUAGUUAACAGCAAGUCGCGCCAUCACUAUCAUAUACAGCCAGUACGCCGCUUUACCCAGGCUAUUGAGUCUCAGUCGUUCCCUAGAUUGAAGGGUACACUAGAAGAUGACGAUCCUCUCUUUCGGUUCCAUGAACUAUUUACCAUUGGUCUAGAGACGGGAUGGAGAAAUCAGCGCUGCCUAGAAUUAGCGACAGAACUUUACAAAUCCGAAACGGAUCUCAACUCUCGACGCCUCUCCUUGAGAGCCCUUGCGUAUUAUCAUAUGGGUAAUUGCAGGCCGGAGUCAACAGCAGCGGCAGCAAACAACCCGCGGUAUGGAUACGCAAAACAGUACAUGCAACAGGCCCUGGAUCUUGCGCCCCAUGUCACAUUUGGUGGAUUAAGUGGUGGUGCUCUCAGAGAAAUAUGGGAAGAUUCGAAACUACUCGAGCAGUGGCACUUGGAAGAUGGGGAUACAGUUGCGGCCGAUGCGCUGGUCCAAAGUAGGUCGGAUACACUCACACAAUUUGUGGACUCUCUAGAAAUCUCGCCAUCGCCAAUGGCUUCCCCAGUACCUUCACCGGUAUUGCCGCGAAGGUAGGAAUCUUCAGAGAAGGCUGUGGGAAGCGCACAGCCUUGCAUUGCCAAGGAGUUUGUAGGUGUAUGGAUGUGGAUAUGGUCAGGUACUAUUGGUGUUUCUUUGGUUUGGCAUAUUACGGAAUGAACGAUCAGGUGAUAACCAAGUAUUUCCUAGAUACGCAAUUAUAGUAUAUCUGAAUUGUUACUUCUUUUUUUUUUU